CGAAGGAGCUUGGGUGCCUCGGGUAGGGUCGUCGCCCCUCAGGUUUCUCCGCGUCUAGCCCUUGGCGGGCGCUGAGGAUCUGCUGCGGCGCCGUGGAGGCGGGCGCUGAUCACUAUGAAGGCCUUGUAUUGUCAGCAGAGUUCACCUAGCAAGGAAAUUACAUUUGUCUUCCAGGAAAGAGAAAACCUUCCUCCUACGAGAGACAAUGAUGUAAAAGUACAAGUUAGAGCCUGUGCACUGAGCUGCAUAGAUACAAAGCUUCUGUCAGAAAUUAAACUGGAGAAGGAGCUUCUACCUGUUGGUCGAGAAAUUUCUGGAGUUGUAUUGGAAGUUGGAAGAAAGGUGACCUUUUUUCAGCCAGGUGAUGAAGUGGUGGGAAUUUUGCCCCUGGAUUCUGAGGAGCCUGGUCUUUGUGAAGUUGUUCUAGUUCAUGAGCAUUAUUUGGUUCGUAAACCAGAAAAAGUUUGUUGGGUUGAAGCAGCCGGGACUGUUCGUGAUGGUGUCCGAGCAUACACAGCUUUACACUACCUUUCCCAAGUGUCUCCUGGAAAAACUGUCCUUGUAAUGGAUGGAGCAAGUCCAUUUGGUACAAUAGCUAUUCAGUUAGCACAGCAUCGAGGAGCUAAAGUAAUAUCUACUGCAUACUGUCUUGAAGAUAAGCAGUACCUGGAGAGGCUCAGACCUCCUGUAGAAGGUAUACGGCAGCCUUUAGUGGCUCGAGUGAUAGAUGUGUCAAAUGGUAAGAUAGAUGUGGCAGAAAGCUGCUUGGAAGAAACGGGUGGCCUGGGAGUGGAUAUUGUUCUAGAUGCGGGAGUGAAAUUAUAUAGUGCUGAAGAUGAAUCAACUUCAAAAUCACAGUUGCUGCCUCAUAAGCAUGAUAUCAUUACUCUUCUUGGUGUUGGGGGACACUGGAUAACAACAGAAAAAAAUCUUCAGUUGGAUCCUCCAGAUAGCCAUUCCUUGUUUCUUAAAGGAGCCACAGUCUCCUUUCUGAAUGAUGAGAUAUGGAACUUGUCAAAUAUACAGCAAGGGAAGUAUCUCUCCAUCUUAGAAGAUAUAAUGGAGAAAUUAUCAAGUGGCAUUUUCAGGCCUCAGCUGGAUGAACCGAUCCCAUUGUAUGAAGCCAAAGUUUCUAUGGAAAUAGUUCAGAAGAAUCAAGCAAGAAAAAGACAAGUCAUUCAGUUCUGACACAAAAUUUCCCAAUUUCUAAGCCUGUGGAAGAUAAAGAAACGUAAUGUAUUUGAGAAGUAAAUUAGUGUACAUUUCAAAUAAUUCUGUAACUAGGAUUUAAAGAUCUUUUGUACCUCAGCACAAAUGGCCUGUGAAGCUCCUGUGACUACAGGGGUGUUUUUUUUAUCCACUUGAGCAGAAUUUCCUAUCAGCAACUUCUGAAGAGGCAGUCUUGACACAAAUCUUGUCUGCCCUGCCCCAUUACAAAUGUCAGUAACAUGUACAGGCAAACUCGGUUGCUGUUGGUUUUCAACCAUACAAAAUUAAAGUAAAAAAAAAAAAAAUAAAAAUCUGGUGGGUUUUAUUAGUCCUCCCUUCUCUGGCCCCUGCCAAUAGUCACCUUUAUAUUUACCUUUUGCUUUUGACUGCAUUGAGACUGAGCACUCUGUGUGGUACACUUAAAAGUCUUUACUCCACAUUUAAAAUUGUUAUUUAAUUGAGAGACAGGCAAAUCAGAAUGGGCAAGGAUGCUAGAGGGGAAGGACAUAGUAUUAACAGUAAGUGUUUGCCCAGAGCUGAUUUUCUUCAUUUUAGCAACCAGGCAGCAAACCUAGUAGAUCUAGAGUCCAUAAGCUGAUAUAAUCAUGACAUUCAGAUGUUUGAGGCACUUUAUGUAUCUUGUUAUUGUAAUGCUAUCUUUGAUAUCUUUCCAGUAAGACCUUCCUAUGCUGUGUACUUUCACUUCCCCUCUUCUAACCUCAGUCCUAUGCCUAGCACUGCUCAGAUCUGUUUAUCCAACAUUCUCCAUUACUGUGAACCAUCUGCAAAUAAGCAGUAGUGAAGGAACUGCUAUUUUUCUUUCUUCAAAGCAUGUGGCUUCUUGCUUUUAUUUGAGAGCAAAAAUAUUU